AUGAAUGCCCAGACCAGUAUUAACGGUGACCCCGAAACGGCUCCCAUAGCUGCUCAACGCUCGGGCGGACCCUCCUCUAUGAUGCGUUCUUUUGGCACUCUCUUCGGCACGAAUAACGGUGCACCUAGACGAUCAAGCUCACAAAAUGGUGUUGAUGGCUAUGUAGAAUUCGGUAUGCAAGAUCCUGAAAGUAGCGGCCGCACAUUGGGUACCUUUGCAGGAGUAUUCAGUCCUGUCGCCUUGUCCAUGUUCAGUGCUUUGGUUUUCAUACGUGUUGGCUUUAUUGUUGGCAAUGCUGGUUUAUAUGUCACCCUACUACAAUUUGUUAUUGCCUAUGUAAUCUUAUUAUUUACUGUCGCCUCAGUAUGUGCAAUUUCCACAAAUGGUGCGGUUGAAGGAGGAGGCGUAUAUUUUAUGAUAAGUCGUACAUUGGGUCUGGAAUUUGGUGGUUCUAUUGGCACACUGUUCUUUUUGGCCAACGUUGUAGGCUGUGCCAUGGCUAUUUCCGGUUGUGUUGAGGGUAUUAUGAACAAUUUUGGUCCGGGUGGUUAUUUCUCACCCCAUGAGGGAAUUUUGCCGGAUGGUACUUGGUGGCGUUUUCUAUUUUGUACCGUAAUGAAUACUUUAAUGCUGCUGGUGUGUCUAAUCGGAGCUUCAUUAUUUGCCAAAACAUCUGUACUCAUUUUGGGCAUUGUCACGGUCUGUUUAUUGGCCACAUAUAUAAGUUUUUUGGCUGAGGGUCCCAUCAAUGACAAGGUUCCCGUUCCCGAUGAGAAUACUCUGAUAAAUAAAACUAUAACUCCAUUUUUGAAUUACACUGGCUUGAGUGCGGAUACUUUAAGAAGUAACUUAUAUGAAAGUUAUGGGCCCGAUUAUACGUCGAAAGGAAAAAUGGUUGAUUUCGCUACUACGUUUGGUGUUUUGUUUGCUGGUGUUACGGGCAUUAUGGCUGGAGCAAAUAUGUCGGGUGAAUUGAAGAGUCCUUCUAAAAGUAUACCCUUGGGUACAUUAUCAGCUGUAGCAUUUACUUUCGUUGCUUAUGUCAUAUUGUCAUUCCUAAUGGCAUUCACUACGCCACAUGAAACCAUGAGAAACAAUUACCUGUUCCUAAUGUAUGUCAACUUUUGGCCACCAUUUACAGCCAUUGGAAUUUUAACCGCCACAUUUUCGACCGGUUUAAGUAAUCUCAUAGGAUCGAGUCGUAUAUUGGAGGCUUUGUCGAAAGAUCAAGUAUUUGGCCCCUUGACAAACUUUGUUGUAAAAGGCACUUGGAAAGGCAACCCUAUAGCGGCUGUCGUUACCAGUUGGGUAAUGGUGGAGUGUAUUUUAUUGAUAGGUUCAUUGAAUACAAUUGCCCAAAUCAAUUCGGUAUUAUUUAUGCUUUCGUAUUUGGCUACUAAUUUGGCCUGUUUGGGUAUUGAGUUGACGGGAGCACCCAAUUUCCGGCCUCUAUUUAAGUAUUUCACCUGGCAUACGUGUCUUUUUGGUUUAAUUGGUACCUUGGUAAUGAUGUUUGUUAUCAAUCCCAUUUAUGCUUCCUCAAGUAUUAUAUUAUGUUUAUUACUGGUGAUUGCUUUACAUUUGUUCUCGCCAGCAACGCAAUCAGCUCAAUGGGGCUCUAUAUCUCAAGCAUUAAUGUUCCAUCAGGUGCGCAAAUAUUUACUUAUGUUGGAUCCUCGCAAAGACCAUGUGAAGUUUUGGCGUCCUCAAAUGCUUUUAUUGGUGUCUUCACCCCGUUCAUGUUGUCCCUUGGUUGACUUUGUCAAUGACAUGAAAAAGAGUGGUCUUUACAUAAUUGGUCAUGUUAAAAUUGGAAAUUCUAUUGAUUUGGAAGAUCCCACCUCAGAGGAAAACACACAAUGGUUAUCGUUUGUGGAUCAUAUGCGUGUAAAAGCUUUUGCCGAAACAACAGUGGCUAAUUCGGUACGUGAGGGUGUUCAACAUUUAAUACGUUUAUCUGGAAUUGGCGCCAUGAAACCAAAUACCAUAGUAUUGGGUUUCUAUGACAAUGAGGCACCAAAAGAUUUCUUUGAAACCUCCACAUCUCCAUACAAAACCGAUGGUUUCAAUUCAGGCGAAAUGCAAAAUUUCCCCGUACGUCAUGAUGGCGAAGAGAAAAAUAUUGAUGUUACCGAAUAUGUGGCCAUUAUAAGUGAUAUUUUGCGCAUGAAAAAGAAUUUAUGUUUAUGUCGUCACUUUCAUCGUUUAGACAAACAUUUUAUAGCCAAAAGCAAACAUGUUAAAUACAUUGAUGUCUGGCCUAUCAAUGUUUUCAAUCCCAAAACAGAAGAUCCCUUUGAUGUUGUCUCAUUAUUUAUGAUGCAAUUGUCUGUUAUUAUGUUGGCUAAAUGGAGUCAUUUACGUCUGCGUGUAUUUUUGUGUGAAACUAAUAAUACGAACAAUACAACAACUACCUUUGAAACGCAGGAUCCCAAUAUGCCACAAAUUGAAAUUUUCUCCAAAAUGAAAUUGGAACAAAGUCUUAAAUCAUUAAGAAUAAAUGCCGAUAUUAUAGAGAUUCAAGAAUGGGCACGUGAUACGGAAUUCACACGACACUCUCGCAUACUUAAACAAUUCACACAACAUGCUGAAUCUGCCACGGAAGCGGUGACAGAAGAUAAUCUCAAUCGUUCAUUGUUAUAUAUGCAGAGAGCCAAUCAAAUCAUACGUGAACGUUCCGAUCAAACAGCCUUAUCUUUUAUAUAUUUAGCAGCACCACCACAAAUCAAUACACCCGAGUUUAGCGAACGUAGUGCACGUUAUAUGGAAUUGUUAACUGAAUUAACAGCUGAAUUACCUCCCACAAUUUUAGUGCAUGGUGUGAGCACCGUAACUUCCACAACUCUUUAAGAAUGACUAUGAUAAAACAACAAUCACUCUUAUAAAACAGUAAUGUUAUGUAAUAUCAAAAAAUAUUUUAAGGAUUUCAAUGUGAAAGCUAUAAAAGAGCAACUCCAAUUUGAAACAUAAAAUUUGCACUGAGAUUAAUACAUAUUUAGUUUCUUUCUUUUUGAGUUUCCAAAAAUCCUAAAAAAUGACACUGUUUUAUAAAAAAUUAUAAUUGGUAUUAAAAAAAUCAGCAUUUUGUGUUAUAAAUUAUUAAACAUUUGUAACGUAAAUAAAAAGUUUUAAAUAGAAAAUUUUAUUAAAUAAUAUACAAUUUAAGUAGACCUUUUUUUCAGUGUAUAAACACAAUAAGCUAUGAAUCGAUGGAGUUAUGUGCUGUGAAGCUUUUUGUAAUUGCUUUAAAUUUUAUUUGAAUACAAAAAUGGAAGGUUUAUUGUGACAUCCGAUUCGAAUGAAAAUAUUAUGUAUAAAGUAUACAAAAUAGAAUGAUUUUCUUUUGAAACGAAUUACAAAAUAAACCCCAAUGUAAUUCAAUAUAUUUUAAUUAAUUUUGUUUAAAUAAUUCGUUUCCAUUCUUGUUGUGUUUAUACAUUUAUACAUUUUUAUUUUACAAAUUUUAGAGAACUGUUUUUUUAAAAAAAAUAUGUAUUUUAUUUUUUUUUAUAACUGAUAUUUUUUAUACUUAUAAUAAAACUCAGUUUACAUACAUAUUUAUAUAGUAACUUGAUUGAUCAUAUCACAAUUGUAAACAAUUCCAAAAGAAACAGAACUAAAAAUAAACUAUUUUUGACCAAAACUAAAUGAAAAUGUUUAACAUUUAAAAAAAAAAAACUUAAAAUCAUUGUGUAUUAAAUAAAUCUUUUGAUCUUAACCUACAUUAAGAAAGUUAACUUAUACAACAAGCUUUCAGAACAUAAUUAUUAUUGUGUUUUAAUUUUAUUAAACAUUCUGUUUUAAAACUCCUUAUACAUACAUAUUUAUUUAUAAUAAUUAUAAUUAAUUUUACAGCAAAAUUAUGCUCUCAACUUGUGAAAUUUUAUUUUUUAAUGAAUGUGAUUUUUAGCAUGAUAAACAAAAAAUAAGUAUAUUAAACAAAUUUAUGAUCAUCACACACAAACAUAAAUUUUUAAAUAAAAUCUUAAUUAAUGCAUAAUAAA